AUGAUGAAUCCAAGAGUAGGAGUUGGAGUCGUCGUCCUGAACAAUGAAGGGAAGGUCGUUCUGGGCAAGAGGAAGGGAAGCCAUGGUGCCGGAACUUGGGCAUUUCCUGGCGGCCAUCUCGAGUUUGGCGAGUCCUUUGAAGCCUGCGCAGUACGGGAAGUUCUUGAAGAGACAGGCCUGUCAAUACACGACGUACGUUUCCUGACUGCUACGAACGACGUCAUGGAGGCCGAAGGAAAGCACUACAUUACUGUCUAUGUCGGUGCUAGGGUCAGGGAAGAUAAAGGACAGCCCCAGCAGCCCCAGAUAAUGGAACCCGAGAAGUGUGACGAAUGGCGAUGGAUAAGUUGGGAAGAUGUUCGGUCGUGGUUCAACAAACAGGUACAGACUGAGGGAAUGGAAACCCGCGAUGACCAACCAAAGCUAUUCAUUCCUCUGUUCAAUCUCUUCCGACAACGGCCGACCUUUGACCCGAAAAAGAGUUAUGAUUCCGCACAAGCAUAA